UUAUUAAAAAUGUAUGUUAAUUUAAUGUUAACAAAUUAAUGUUUAAUAAAAUCCUAUUCAAUAUACACCAUCAAGUGCAUAAAGAGCUCAAUAAAUUGCAAAAACCCAUGCCGCAAAUUUUAUUCAUUGACGCCGUCGUCUUUUCUCCCUUGCUUAUUUCUCACCCAAGGAAAAAAUUAAAUUAAUUAAAAAACAAAAAUAACAAUAAAUAAUGGUUAAAUCAUGUAAUAAUAAAUGUGGAGAAGUUUAUUAUCGAACCAUUCCCGAAUUUGGGUUAAGUAUUUCCUGCGUCAUUUGUGAUGACAGCAUAUCUUUCGAGGAAUUCUCGGAGCAUUUUCAGAGCUUGCACUUACCCAAGAAAGAGGUGAAUAAUAUAGGUCAAGGCCCGAUUAUAAUUAAAAAAGAGGCCGGAAUUUUGAAUGAAGAUGAAAAAAUUAUUUUACACGAAGAAUUCUUUGCUGAGCCCGUAAAUCCUGUGGAUCCUUUAUCAGGCGAUGGAAAAAAUGAGACUUGCGGCAAUUUAAGUAACGAAGAUGAUAAUGAUGAUAAACCUUUACAGUAUAUUAUUAAUAGAAGCAAAGCUGUUAGAAAUCAAAAAGAUUUGGAUUCCAAACAUGAAGAUGGACAGGGAGAAACAAAAGUUUUUACAAACAAUGAUAAUUCCCAGGAAGACGACGACGAUGACUAUGAAUGGCCAGAUGAGACGGAUGUUCAUGACAAUAAUGAUGGUGAUACGAAAGGUGAGCCUCUGAAAGAUCUCCCCUUUAAAUGCCAGCUAUGUCCCCGUUCUUAUGCCAUAAAACGUUCUUUGCAAAAGCACAAGCAUAGUGCCCACAAUCCGAAUAAAGCAAAACGUAAAGCAGCCACCAAACUGCAAUACAAAUGUGAAGAAUGUGAAGAGGUUUUUCGAACAGAGGCUAUGUUAAGAAAUCAUAAAUAUAAACAUACGGGAAUAUUUUGUGAUAUAUGUCAAAAACCCUUUCGUCAAAUUGGAACUAUGCUGCAGCACAAAAUACGCCACACGGGCAUUAAGCAACACAAAUGCGACAAAUGUCCCAGGGAGUUCUUUACGGACAAGGAACUAAAAUCUCAUAUGAUAAGUCAUGUUGGCAUGCCGUUUGUUUGUGAAUUGUGUGGCAAGCGUUGCAGAGAUCGUGGUGUUUUGACAGCCCAUAUGCGUCGCCAUACCGGCGAGAGGCCAGCUAAAUGUAGCGUAUGUGGUAAAUGUUUCUUUUCGGCAUAUGAUUUGAGUAUACAUGCCGUGGGUCAUUCGAAUGAACGACCAUAUCCGUGUGAAAUAUGUACUUCAAGGUUUGGUACAAAGAAAGCAUUACGUGUUCAUCGGCGUAUACAUGCCAAAAAACAAACCGGAGGAUCAGGAGAGGAAUUUCCCAAUGAGAAACUUAUGAUAGUUAAUCAAGAGACUGGAUCUGUGGAUAUUAAAAUCACCAUUUGAUAAUGUUGACAUAGAUUUAAAUGAUGUAGUUUAGCUUAUAAAUUAUAAGUUGCUUAUCUUUAUUUUUUUUUAAAGCAUAACAAAACGAUUUUCUUUAUAAAUGCUUGUGGCUAGUGGAAUUCUUGUUUC